GAAAAGGAAAAAAUAGGAAACGCAAAAUAGGAAACACAAAUAGGAAACGCAAAAUAGGAAUCCCAAAAGAGGAAACGCAAUAAGAGGAAAAGAAAAAGCAAAGCAAAAACGCUUAAGUACGGCAACCCCCCCCCGUGAGCCCUCGACCAGAAAGGUGAAGAACGGAUAGCUUAGGAAGGAGGCCCCUCUGUUCUAGCCAUUUGCUUGUGCCUACGUUCCUCCCAGCUGCGUGGCAGCUCUUGUGCGCGCGCGAGGAGUACACACCCGGCGAGCUUAAAAGAGGAGGAAGGAAUUGUGGGCCCAGUUGCUCCCCCUACGUAGCAGCAAAUGAUCCGCGCGUCCCCGACCGACAGAACGGCUUCCGUAAAGUUACCCCAUACGAGUGCCUAAAAAGUGGGAACCAAGUGAAGUGCGACUUUAAUAGGGUGCUCAGCAGCGGGAGUUACGCCUAAACCGGUAGGUACGCGGAAGACGGCUGUACCAGCGUAACUCUAGAGAAGUAGCGGACCCGUCGGCGAGUGGGAGGAGGCCCUCCGAGUGCCACAAGGAGUCGUUUCGGAAAAGGAGGAAGAGCACCCCCGUUUGGGAGCGUCUGGGAAGAAGCGCCUGGCAAGGAGCACCUGGCAAAUCGCAGCAGAGGACCCCCUUUUGAAAGACCCCCCUGUGCGCGCUCGCACUGUGGGAAACAGCAUCGAGAUAAGGGCGCCACUCCCAACCGCUUGUAGCCGCUUGUAGCCGCUUCUAUCCGCCGCUCCCGCCGCUGGCCCGUAAAAUGAAGUGCCCCGCCGCCCCUGCCCCAAAUCAGUAGCAGCAUGAAAAGGAGAAGAUUCGAACGAUGCAUCUGCCAACUCUUAAGCAAGCUAAAAUUCUACGUAAGCAUAUUGUUAAGAAUCAAAAAUGUCAUCAAGUAUGUUUUGGGCACCCUUACGCUGCGGGAGAAGCUCCACAUCAAAACCUACAGGAAGAGGAGGAUCUGUCCGAGCAUGACUUUAGUGCUGGACUUAGAUGAAACGUUAAUAUAUUGUACCAAAAAAAAAAAGUUCAGUCACCAAAAAGAGGUAGACGUGUUAAUCAAUGGAAGGUACUUCUCCCUAUAUGUGUGUAAGAGGCCAUACAUAGACCUCUUCUUUUCCGUUCUUAACCCCUUUUUUGAAAUAGUCAUUUUUACCACCUCCAUCAAGUCCUAUGCUGAUGCGGUACUUAACAUAAUAGACGUAGACCAUUACGUGGAUAAGAAGUUCUAUAGGGAAGACUGUUUCGAGGUGAACCAGAAGAUUUAUUUAAAAAACUUGCAAAGUAUAAAAAAGGAAAUCUCCAGAAUUGUACUCGUAGACGAUUCUAAUGUAUCUGGUUUGAAAUACCCAGAAAAUUACUUCCCCAUAAAAAAAUGGCAAGGAGAUUUGAAUGACACGGAAUUACUAGACAUCAUUCCCUUCUUUUUAAAUUUGAGGAAAGUGAGAGACGUCAGAUCGGUUUGUUCCUUUCGGUUGAAAAGUCAAAAGGAAAUUUCCAAGCUGUUUCAUACCGUCCCUUCUAAGCAGAUAAAAUACCUUACCGAGAGGGGUUCCCACUUUUUGUACUCUCCUUCUCUUGCCUUUCAAGCCAUAAAUUAUUUGAAGAUUUUUAUGAGUCGGUUUCGGUACGCCAGCUCGAAGAAGCAGUGGAAUGAGUUGGGCAAGAAAAUCAACAGCAAGUUGAAGUCCUACCCCUUUUCGCUCUCCAAGCUCAAGGGCUCCAGCGACGACGAGCACCGCAGGCGCCACCGCAGGCCCGCGCCCAAGAAGGUGCCCCAGUAG